AUGGGUGAAAUUCCAUUUUUUUGUCCACCGCAUUAUGAAUACCUUUCAUUGGAGAUUAAACAGGCAUGUGAAGUUCGAGCUGCAAAUUUAGUUUGCCAAUGGACUUUCGUGUUCUUGGCAAUUAUUUGGGCUAAAUGUUCGUAUGAUGAUUCUAUAUCCGAACAUUUGGAUAUUG